UUCGUCUUUCCUCCUCCUCCUCCUCUUGAUUUAUGGGGGAUGUUGUUGAUCUUUUAAUUCUUCUUUAUCUUAUCUUACUUUUCUUCCUCCUUCUCUUCAUCCAAUUCUUCUUCGGCUUCGUUUUCCUCCUAAUUUUCCUCCUCAUCUUCCUCUUGCAUCGUGUCUUUUUCGGCACCUUUUCGUGUUAUGAUUAUUUUCUUCUCUUCUAAUUCUUUUUAUCUUUUUCUUUCAUUUCUUUUACUUUUCCUUUUUUUCGCCUGCUUAUUAUUCGCCUUUUUCCUUUUUCGCUUUCUUCCUUCUUCCCUUUUCUUCUUCUUCUUCUUCCUUCUUCGCCUUCUUCUUUGCCGCCAUUUAGUAACCCCUUUUUCUCCUUCCGCAGGCGGGAUGCAGGAGAGAUGAGCACGGAGGUGUCCUCUCCCGGCGACGACGUGCUGGGCUGGGUCACGGAAACGGCGAUACGGGCGGGGUUUGCGGGCGUGGUGGGCAGCGACCAGGACCUGCUCCCCCUCCUCCAGCAGCAGCAGCAGGAGCAGGAGGGGGAGCAGCACGCCCACACGCAGCUCGACCGGCGGAACAGCAGCGGGCAGGUGGACGAUGAGGCGGAGCAGCGACAUUGGAACCGCCUAGGCAUGCUGCUGAUGGUGUCCACGAUGGCUGCUCUGGGCACGCUCGGCAACAUCUUCGCCAUCGCCGCCGUCAUGACCGAGGACCACCUCAAGAAGAAAGGGAACGUGCUGGUGGUGAACGUGAUGCUGGCGGGGCUGGUGGUGUGCGCCGGGGUGCUGCCCGCCUGGGUGGUGGCGCUGCUGGCGGGGUGGGCGCCUCCCACGCCCGUCUGCUCCGCCUCCUGGGUGCUGACCACGCUGGCCGCUCAUGCCUCGCUACUCACGCUGCCGUCUCUCGCCUGGGAGAACUCGAUGCGGGUGGGCGGACGGACCUUGGGAGUUCUGGUGCUCUCGAUCAUGGUGGCUGUGUCCUGGGCGGGCGCCACGGCCAUCACGGUGUCCCAGUGGGUGAUGGACCUGGCGCCGCGACACUGUGACCCUGACGCCAAGCCACGGGCCACCAAGCACACCGCCUACACCUCGGCGGUGGGAGUGACGCUGGUGGCCAUACCCCUCCUGGUGGCCCUCAUCAUCCACGUCCACACACUCCUGACUGGCCGCGGAGGUUCCAGGCGUCCUCUCCCGCCCACGGUUAAGCCUCCACAGGCCCUGACGCGGGACCUGGCGCUGACGGGGACCAACCUGGUGGUGACAGCGGUGGCGGGCGGCUGCUGGGUCGGGGGCCUCGCCGCGGACUGGUGGGUCGAUGAUCCCCACAGGUCAGGUGUUGCUUGGCUGCCCAUCGUGGCCGCCACCUCCUCCAGCUUCCUGUACGUGGCCCACAAGCCCUUCCGGGAAGCAUACGUCCAACUGUUCCACUACUGCUGCUGCAAGACCUCGGUAUCCCUCUCCCGCCGCGGGCGCAGCGGGGAGGCGGCAGCGGCUGCUGCAGCGGCGAUGGCAGCGGCCGCGAGGCCCCCCAGUGACGUGCGAGUCCACAUCAUUCCAGGAUACAACAUGUACACCACCGCCUCCGCUCGCGACCACCGGCCGCCCAGCCACGCCCAUGUCAAGACUCCCAGAAGCAAAGAAUCACGACGCCCCAAACACCACCACAAGAAGGACGUCUACGAGCUGUAGCUCCUCCGCCGCUCUGCUGAUGCUGCUCCUCCAGAUGACUGAUCUCUUCCCCUUCACUCACCGCUUUGUCCUGUGCGUGCGUCUACGUGACUCUGGCGCCCAUCAGCCAGGCGGAGUGUCUAGUCUGUCAAACCAUUGGGCAGUGCUAGGCGUGUAUACAGGCGUUAAGUCGGUCAUCACACACUUUGUAGUGACUGUGGCGGACAUUUCGUGAUUUUGAGCAACAACGGUCACGCGCUGCCCGCUGGUGUGCCUGCCCAUCGGUGUUGACACAACGUGUGAAAUGAUUGAUUUAUCACUGUGUCGGGCACUGUCCCAGUCUGGUCGGGAAUUUCUUAAUUCUAUUUUUUUAACGUUGUUGCCAAUAUUGAUAGUAUUUGCACAGUUAAACAAUACUUGGGUCAUUUCCUCCAGCAAAUUCAGAUUAAAUUUAGCACCAUUCCAGUUCUUAGAUAAAUUAAGCAUCAGAAAAUUAAUUAUAUUUUGAUAGUGUUUGAGAUGAAGCAAAGCAAAGUUUAAGAAAAUCGAAUUUUCAUUUAUUUCUAAUCCAAUAUUUUUUUCUAAAUAAUUUUUGUCAGAAGGUGUUGCCUUUGUAUGCCUCUGAGGUUCUUGAAAGGCACUUGAGAUGCACGAAUUUGCCGGGUGAGCGGCUGUACCCCCGCGCCUCUGCCCCCACCGGCUGGGACGCCACCGCCGCCUCGCAGGGGCCGCCGAGGGCCACAAAGACCAGUUCAGGGCUUCGGGCGUCGAGCCGACUUUCUCUCGCUAGCUUCGUAUCGGCCAAUGAACUUGACUGUGCUUGGAUAUCUCCCUCUCACAUUUCAAAAUCAUAAGUUUCUCCUUCGUGUUGUCAAACAGAAAGCGACGCGACAUCCUCGUCAUGAAACUAAAUCUUUAGAGAUAAAAUUUAGCAUCACUGCGGCGCGGAGUCUUAGCGAUCCCCGGGUGUCUUUCAACACCUGUCUUUGGGGGAAUCGCAUUUCAUACUUGAUAUGAUUAACUAUGUAUCGUGUACAAUAUAUAUUAUAACCGAACAUAUUUUAUACAGGCACAUAGACACCAGUAGUGAUUAUCAAGGACGAGCGUGAUGAACCUGAUCACAUUUCUGUACAGAGAGAAUCAGGUGCAGGGAGACAUUAGGAAUUCUAUCAUUUCAGAAAAUGAUAAUUGUCAUUAUACAAUGAAAAACUUAAAAUCCAGUACAAAAUUAUUUUUUCAUUCGUAGUGACUUGUAGGGAAGAAAGUAGAGCGAGGCGUGUGUAACGGGAAGCUGCCACACCGGUGGUGGCGCCGCCGCGGCCCGUCGGGCACAGCGGCCCUCACCCACUGGCGGUGGCGCGGCGCAUCCACCAGAGCUUGACGCGUUGCGGGAAGACUGUCGUCUCGCGUUACAUGCGGCGACACAGUCAGGCUUCGUGCGGGCGAAGCUCACCGCCUUGAGGUCAGUGAUGCACGCGUGCCGUUCGUCGUGUUAUCACUUUCACGACGCGGCGUGUCGUCCCGUUGUCGCGGCGUCCCUUACCUUUGGUGCGGGGCUCCGGCCAGCCUCGUUGGAGGCUGCAAGAUACAGAGCGUCGCCUGUGGCGGCGGUGGCGCCGCGUGCCAGUGGUGUGGCGGCCGAGCGGCGUGUUAGCAGGGGUGUCAGUAGUUGGCAGGUGUGCCAGUAGAGUAGACCACCGCGGGAAGGACGCACAGGGGACUCUCGGCGGACCCUCAUCAUGCACUCAGAGAGCAGAGGCUCGCCGGCCUUUGCAGCACGAGGCUCAUUUAGUAAUGUAAAGUGACGAUCCGCUUGAGGCGCAGCAGCCGAGGCGGUGGUGAUCCUCGCCGCCAUGACAACACCGAGGAAGGUUCCCCGUCCACGCCGCCGCCUUCCCGGAAUUGACCGACGUGGCCCGCCGGACAAGUCUCUGGCUAGGCUGGUUCUUUGCCUAUAAAAAGUAAUACCUAACCCACCGUAACACAUUUUCUCUCAAAAGAGAUAUACCUACAGAAGGCUCAAAUUGUCCAGCCACCUUUGCUACAAAUAUAUUAAACAUUUCUCCUCCCAAGCUCUUGAGCCACUCCGCCUCCCAUUACUCCUCCGGCCGAGAGUCCCGCCCGUCCCUCCUUCCAGCGGCUCACAACUCGCUGCGAAUCACGUUACUUUUCGUGACGUCACUGGCCACUCUGAACUUUCUCCCCUGAUACAUUCUGACUCACGGACGCCACAGCCAAUGCUAACGCAUUGGAUUUAUGUGCAGAGACAAAAAAGCAACCAAGAAGUUUUGAGAAACGACAUUUGCCUCGAGGGUUGCGGUGUGCGGUGAGUCACUGUGUACCAGCGGCGUGGGUACAAAGCCGAGGACGUCAUAGCUAACGAAUGAGAGGAUAUUUAGCCUUACUCGCGUGUUUAUGCCCAGUAGCAAGUGGGGAACUUGAGAAGAUAUAAGUAUUUUGAUAUCAACACCCCGUAGCUCCCCUGCUUCACUCAUAUCAGCGUCCUAGUCGGACGCACACUUCUUCUUGCUAUAAACACGGAUCUCCGAGUCUGGGACAAGCGAGCCGAGGCGUCUUGGCGGGGACAGAGGCCACAUCCCUGCCAGGCCUCGAGGCUCGCUGUACGUAGGAAUACAUAUCAAACAUUCGGCUUUCUCGUACUGUGAAAAUAGGAAUAAAUAUUAAGAGUCUUCGGAGUACUUGCACUAAGGAUUUGAACGUUAACAUUAGACACAGCAUCAAGGAUCGUUUCGGCUGUAGCAAAACCCAAAAGCAUUGAACUCACAAUCAUGCACCACGACACUUAUUACGAUAUAUUUUUGUAACUGAGCGCCUCCUGCCUCCCUGCUCCAGAGUGUAGCUGGCAGGGAGCUAAAGAAAGCGAGGUGGCAUCCUGCCCUGCGGCACGCCAUUCCUGGCCGAGGCGAGGACGAUGGCAUCCGUGGCGAGGGUGACCGACCAGUGAUCAGACUUAAUCUCUCUACAUUCGUGCCGGAAGGAAGGGUCCGCUGCACACCCUCAACACACUCUCACAGCUCUUUCAAAAGGGGCUUCCUGUUCGCAUCAAGACAUCUAUUUAUCGUGUGAGUUGCACUUUAUACAGUAGGACUAAAUUUCAUAUAUAUACUUACACUCUUGUCUAGACCGCGAAGAGUUUUUUGUUUGGCUCUAAGAAAAUCGGUUUAUAUUCGAGGAUGUCUGUAUUUUAAUCCUCCGGUGGCGGAGCAAUGUAGAGGGUGACUGUUUAGAGCUUUCCCCGGCCUUAGGUAACCCAAGAUAUUCGGCAGAACAAUUAUUCUGCAAGUCUGUUGAUGCUACCAUUACGUACAAGCCGCCCUCCUUCCGACUGUAUGACCACAGAGGUUGACUCAUGAAGAACAUAUUGUAUACUGUUUGUGCCCUCUAAAGCCGCGUCUACACUGUCGUGUGGUGACUAGCGGGCAGUGCUGCUGCCAGGCACACGCUGUCGGGGCAUGCCUGAAAUGUUGUCCAUACUGCACAGUAUGUAAGUUCAUCAGGCAAUUGUCAGGUUAACAGUAUCAAAAAGAAAUGCACAAAAAAGAUGAAAGGAAGAAAAUAUUUAUACACAGUACAUAAAAAGUUAUUGUCGUGCACUCAACAAAGGAUGGAGUGGCAAGUGCGAGAGAUUGUGAAAUCCAAAGCACCGGUGUUAGUUGUUUUACAUAACUGUGGGCACGCUCCGCCUCCCGUUUACCCUUUAUAGUUGCCAAAAAGUGUGCAACGGUGAGUUUCUAGCUUGUGUCUGCCCGUCACUGCACAACAAUGUGAAUGAGGCGUAAAAGUUUCGUAAUUGGCGUUCGCCUAGGAGACAAACACUUGACUGGCGCCUAAAUGCAGCGUGGAAGGAGGAAGCGACUAAACGUAAUCAGCGUUCACAGACUGCAAGAGCUUUCCUGUCCCAUUGCAAGGAAGGGCUUAUACGGCAAGGUAGCGCUGGCAGACCACAAGGAAGGGUCUGUCUGAAGAGAAGGGAGAACACGCCAUGAGCCAAGUCAUCGUGGGCACCUGCUAGCGUGGAAUGAUGACGGAAUUGCGCGUCAAGUUAUGAAAAAACCAAAGCCCGCGCUCGUUCAGGUGGGAGGACAGGCUUGUGCGUCACGUUAGCACAGACAGAUUUGCGCGUAUGUGUCUGUUGGGGUCAAGAGCCGAGUGCCAGAGUCGCUAGGCGCUGCCCCGUGACCUGCCUGCAUGCCGUGGGGCGCCACUCCGGCCCCCACCUCUCCACUGCCACUCCGGGAGGUGACUUUGUAAAACAGCGUUGCGUUUUGUCUCGUAGGUGUAAAAAAUGAAAUAUGAGAAACAAAGAGGAAAUACGACGCAUAAAUCGUAUUUCGGGAGUCGCGUAUAUAAAUUUCGCUGUACAUGUCAAAAUUUGUACUUGUUUCACGUAUUGGUGUUUCAACGUGUCAGUGACCUUCCAAUGUUCUGGCUGUUUCAUCCAACUGUUUCAUCUGAAGAAAAACUAUUUGUUUCGUCGUUGAUUGCCAAGUGCGCUAAGUACCUAUUAAAGUGUAGUGUAACAGAUAUCCUUAGUCCUGUGUGUGUGCCUGGCCCGUGUGUGUGUGUGUGUGUGUGUGUGUGUGUGUGUGUGUGUGUGUGUGUAUCCAUGUGCUGUGUGUGUGUGUGUGUGUGUGUGUGUGUGUGUGUGUGUGUGUGUGUGUGUGUUCGUCGUGCUGUACCAGUGAGCGAUGCUGCUUUCUGUUGGUAGCCAAGACGUGCUGUGCCGGUGGCCAUCUCUACCACUGUACAGGGACGGGACACAGCCCAGCGCGGGGCGGCCUGACCAAGCCUCCACACCCGUGCCAAGAGAACCACACUCCCAGCUUUUGUACGUGUCAGCUCUGCAAUAAAGUAAAUAGCGUUCUAUCACAGGCAGAGCGGUGUGCCUACCAAGUGCCUCAUGGCAAAGCCUAAACUUAAGGCUGAAGGAGGGUAGUCCAACGUUUUUAAGCUAAUAGUCAUCGUAAAGGAAAAAUUUAGCUUUGUAUGGAUUUCCCUUCCAAAAUUGUGUCACCUGUAGAGUGAGUAGGACCAAGGCUUAUUACCUGUAUGUGUUACGGCGUUAGUACUCUGUGGACGAUGAUGUAGUGAUGUUUUGUUCCUUAAUGUUAGAUGUAGUGCACUUGCUUUGUGAUUCUUUUGCCGAUGUCAGUCUCCCUCCCUACUUUACGGUCCAUUUUAUGAUGCAUCACGCACCCUCGAUUACGUAGUGGAUAUACAAAGUGAUGAAUGUACUCAACACUGUGAACUUUUGUACAUACUCAAGUACUCGAGGACCAGCAGGAGCCCGACACACGCGGAGGCACGAGGAGCAGGCGGUGCUGCCGCCGCUCUGCGCCGCGGCGACCACUGCCUCCUCCUCUUGGCUCCUCCACACGAUCAGAAACUCCACCGACCAAACAACUCCAAUCACACGCCGAGUGUUCCCGUGAGGCGCCGCGCGAGGGCGAGGGUGAGCGUGAUAACUCACGUCCAUGUAAUUUUGUCAGGAACGAAAAAUAUAACUCCAGAUUCUAUUUGUCUCAGUGUGAGGGUGAGGAUGCCAGCGUGUGACUGGAACAACAAACAUUUCGUUCUCGUGCUAGUAUUUAGCUUCUUAACAUUAAUGUUAUUUAUGAUGACUUUGAUAUAUUAUCCAUAUGACAUAAUACCAUAUAUAUUUGUAGAUGAGGAUAUCAUUUUUGCAUAUAACAGAACACACACAGACGUAUUACUUCAGUCACCCGUGGCGGUGAAGUACAGGCGGGCGGGGACCAAAGGAGCGGACACGGCAGUAACUAGCAAGACUAUUAAGAGACUGCGAGAGUAACGUUACUUAUUACCAAUAUUACAGCCCUGCCCCUCGCCCUUCCCUCUGCGCCCUUCCUCACACGUCCCGCUCGGGGUGCACACCCUUUGUAUAUUUUCUUUUCCUUACGGGUACCUGGACCGGUUUGUUCUGGGACGAGCGAACGCUCACUUACACACACACUUCCCGCGACUAACUUCAGUGUGUUAGUGUCUAGAACGAUAGUGAUGUGCUGUUAAAAGUUUCACACUCCUUCACGAGCGAUGCAUAAAUAGUGAAGCGACGAUGGAUAUUCCCAUGAUAAAAUUAACACACACACACACACACACACACACACACACACACACACACACACACACACACACACACAGUCAUAUUAUUGAGUAGGCAUACAAACAACUUUAGUAUAGCAAACUGAGCGGACCAACUACAGUCUACACUCGACACUAACAGAGGGAAGGGAGUCUGCAUGCAUCUUUACGGAUUAAAAAAGUCACACAGAUGCCCCAGGUAAAAAUAUGGAACGCUAAAUUAUAUGUGAGGACUUGAAGACAUUAUUGACGUUACCAACACAAGAUAAGAGACAGACGUGGCCUUUUAUCCCUGAGGCUCCCCAAGACCCUCCCAAAGGCUGAGGCGAGGGUCUGCUGGGCCUCAGGGGCUGAACGUGAAGGCGGUUCGGUUUUUCUUUAUUACGAGAGACGUAGAUUGAAGGUUGAUUUUUUAUGAUUACUUUUGUCUCACCGUAACGCAACUCAAAAAAAGACAUGUUUGGAUAUUUUGUAACACAGCAGAGAUACAACACUUAUCAAAGUAGGUCAUUAUAAAUAAACUGUCACUGAAAACAA